AUGGAGGGCGGCGAAGCGGGCGGUGGUGGUGGGCUUCUGCAGCAGAUCCUGAGCCUCCGCCUGGUGCCCCGCGUGGGCAAUGGCACUACCACCUACUCCAGCCCGCUGUCCACCUUCCCAGAGAUGUGGUAUGGCGUCUUUCUGUGGGCUCUCGUCUCUUCCCUCUCCUUCCACGUCCCGGCCGCUUUGCUAGCGCUCUUCACGCUCCGACAUCACAAGUACGGCAGGUUCAUGUCCGUGAGCCUCCUGCUGAUGGGCAUCGUGGGACCCAUUACCGCCGGCAUCUUAACAAGUGCUGCUAUUGCUGGAGUUUACAGAGCUGCUGGGAAAAAAAUGAUUCCCUUUGAAGCCCUCAUUUUAGGAGUGGGGCAGACAUUCUGCGUGGUGGUGGUCUCCUUCCUGCGGAUUUUAGCCACUCUCUAGCUCUUCCUCGGACUCUCAAGAUCCCAGAUCAAAGGAAGAGCAAAGGACCUGCUGCCUGCUCCUUCUUGGAAACAAAUCCUGAGGGAGCACAACUUGAGGCAUCCCUCAGCAUGUGCUUCUCCACCGGCCAAAGGCUACAUGAAGGUCUGCUCCUGCCUCCAGUGUGGCUGGAAAUUAAGCUAA